CAGGGAUGGAACCCAGGUUGACUGCAUGGAAAGCAAAUGCUCUAUUUGUUGUACUAUCACCCUAAUUUAAUUUCUUUCCUUCAAGUUCCAAGAGAGGGUUCCUGCUCUCAGCCAAGAUGUCGACCUCCCUGGAGCAGGCCCUGGCUGUGAUGGUCAGCACCUUCCACAAAUACUCGGGCGCCGAGGGUGACAAAUACAAGCUGAGCAAAGGCGAGAUGAAGGAGCUUCUGCAAAAGGAGCUCCCCAGCUUUGUGGGGGAGAAGGUGGAUAUGGAGGGCCUGAAGAAGCUCAUGGACGACCUGGACGAGAACAGUGACAAGGAGCUGGACUUCCAGGAGUAUGCUGUCUUCCUGGCCCUCGUCACCGUCAUGUGCAACGACUUCUUCCUGGAUUUCCAAGGCCGGCCCUGACAGGGUUCCCCCAGACAACAGAUGAACAGACGGAGUUCCCACUGCUCUCACUACUGUGACAUGGCACCUUUCCCUUUUGUACUCAUUAAACUCAUUUGGUUUGUAGAUAA